AUGCAAGACAGUGAUGAUGACUUUGUAUUGCACAACACACACACAGAGUGUACGGAAGGUGAAGGAUCAAUGAGUGUAUCACCAUUGUCAAUAGAUUUAGAAGAUUGUGCAGAGUCACUGUCAAAGGAAACUGUUCUACUGGUCUAUAAGAAUAAUCUCCUGCAACUAGCAAGGAAGUGCAUUAUGCCAAGGUGUGACAUAUGUCAAGAAGUUUUGUCACUGUCAGAUAAAAUGAAAGGCUCCUGCAUCGUACUAUCAUGGGCAUGCUGCAAUGGUCAUGUAGCUUACCGGUGGUCGAGUCAGCAGACAAUAAGGAAUGGGUUACAUGCAGGUGAUCUUAUGCUAGCAGCAGCAAUCUUCAUGUCUGGAAACAAUUACGCUAAAAUUGAACUACUAGCCCAGUGUCUUGGUUUAUCAGUCCUUCGGGAAGAUAGUUAUUACCAUUUACAGAGAAGGUAUAUAGUUCCUGUUGUGGAAGAUUACUGGAAGGAAAUGGUUUCCCAGAUGAUGGAGGAUCGUAAACACAUGAAUGUGACAAUUAUGGGUGAUGGUCGUAUGGAUAGUCCCGGACACUGUGCUCAGUACUGCACAUAUACAUGCAUGGAUGAAAAAACAAAGGAGAUUCUACUUGUUCAUGUCGUUGAUAAGAGAGAAACCGAAUUGAUUUCACCAAGAAUGGAGAAUUUUGCCUUUGAAAGAUGCGUGAAAAGUUUUCAGGACUGCCAUGUCAAUAUUAAUGAAGUGGUGACUGAUGCCCAUCCACAGAUUGCCAAAGCUAUGAGGACAAAGUAUGCAUCAGUCAGUCAUUCUUUUGACAUGUGGCAUGGCGCAAAGAAUCUUUCUAAACGAAUCAACAAGGCAGGUCAACAGCGUGGCUGCAGAAUUAUAUGCCAGUGGACCAAGCAAAUAGUAAAUCACUUCUGGCAUUGCUGUCAGCAUUCGGACAACCUGGAAGAUUUUAUGAUACACUGGAGAGGUGUUUUAUACCAUGUGGUAAACCAGCAUGAGUGGGACAGAGAUCCAAAUGAGGAACAACCGUUGGGACGAUGUCAGCAUGACUCUCUUGGCACAGAGCAUACUGCACCAUGGCUGGAGCCUGAAAACCCAGCACAUGAAAAAUUAAAAGACAUUCUUCUGGAUCCUAAAUUUGUGGAGAAAGUACGGCAUUACUUGAGCUACAGAACAACUGCGGAAUUAGAACAGUUCCAACAACUUAUAUUAAAAUACGCUUCAAAACGUCAGGCAUAUACAUUUCCUGCUUAUCGAGCACGGAAUUUUAUGGCUGCCAUAGACCACAACAGUCACCAUGGACGUCCAUACCAUCGUAACAAGGAUGGAAGACAAGUGUAUCGUAGAAAGUUUAAUAAGAAAAGUGGACGAUGGACUGUGGUGCGUAAAAAAGUGAAGAAAGACUACAGAUACUUCAUACCAUUAAAGAGAAAGAUUUUACUGCGUCGACUGACAGACUGCACUAGAUUGAGGGAACGAGCAACACUAGGAGAUGAUGAUCCCAGAAAGAUACAGCCCUCGAUUGCCACAUAUCCACCCCCAGACAAGCCAUUUGGUAGAUGAACACCACUCCAGAUUUUUGAGACAAACACAGAAUGUUGAGAACAAUGAGGUUUCUUCUAGAUGAUACCAAGUCGGUCAUUGAAAUUUCACGCUUUCUCAAAGUGCGAGCAGACUGCAGAUCACAGUUUCGUCACUUGAAAGUUAUGUAUUUAUCACCUAUUACUACAUUACUGUUAGUCAAUAAUUGCAUUGCAGUGCGGUACAAGUUAUUUACUCCGGCUCAAGUUCUGUGAAAUGUUUGUUGUAUUACAGCUGUAUUUUAAAAUGCUUAUGUCAUUCUAAAGCAGCAAUGCACUGGCAUAUUUCAUAUGCAGUACACCACCGUUUGUCAGUAUUUCUGACUCCAUGGCAGUUCACUUAUUUUGUGAAUUUGAGUGUUAAUUACCAUUAGGGUCUCAUACAUGCAGUGUUAAUUUGCUAAGUGAAAGGAGAGUACUGAUAAGUAUAUGGUGCCGUAGAGUUCAUGUGUUAUAACUGCAUUGGUUGACCUUGGUAACUGGCAAAGAUUUCAGUCACAUAACAAUUUCCUUUGUUUGCUACAGUCACCUCCAUAGCAUUUCGAUGCAAACCAUUUACGAAGUACACAAUGGUCAAAGUUUUCACAUCUUGGAGCAAAUGCCUCU